AGAUCUCGAUUGCAUAUUUUCUUUUUAUUUAUUUUAAAUCAUAAAUAUCGUAUAAAAAUAUUACAUUAAAAUAUGUUGAGGGCCCAUUCAACUGAAAUAUUAAUAUUUCACCAACCCAUAAUGUCAUAAUAAACAAAUAAUUAAAUGAAUGCGUAUAGAAAGAAACAGAAAGCCACCAAGACAACCAGAGGCCACACAGAUCAGCUCAAAGAUGGAGAUGGACAUGGGCAUGGAGUUGAAAAGUUUCAUCAAGGUCUGGGUUUUAGCGACGACAUGCUUAAGCUACUGUUACUAUAUAACAGCAAGGUUACCAAAGGGCGUGGUGAGGCUCCUCUCAAUCCUCCCUGUGAUCUACAUCUUCAUCAUUCUCCCCACCAAUCUCACCUCCUUCAAUCUCUGUGGCCCUACUGCUUUCUUUCUGGUUUGGCUCGCUAACUUCAAGCUCCUCCUCUUCUCCUUUGAUCAAGGUCCAUUGUCACCACCCCCUCCCAAGCUUUUUCAUUUCAUCUCCUUGGCCUGUCUCCCCAUUAAACUCAAGCAAAAAACAGAUAAUGACACCAACCCAUCUCCCCAUUUCAUGCCCAGGUCACUUCUUCUGGCGCUUAAGACCUUCGUUCUUGUUCUUCUCUUUCAUAUAUAUAGCUACAGGCAAUUUAUGCAUCCUUAUGUCAUCUUAACUCUCUAUUGCUUGCACGUUUACCUGCAACUAGAACUCGUUCUAGUCAUAUCCGCAAUCCCCGCUCGAGCCCUUUUUGGGUUCGAGAUCGAGCCACAGUUCAACGAGCCUUACCUCGCCACAUCUCUGCAGGACUUUUGGGGUCAUAGAUGGAACCUUAUGGUCACUAGUAUUCUGCGACCGACCGUAUACCAUCCAGUACGCCAGUUUUCAAAGCGAUUAAUUGGGUCGACAUGGGCGUCGUUGCCAGCUAUCAUAGCGACAUUUGUGGCGUCGGGUUUAAUGCACGAGGUCAUGUACUUUUACUUAACGCGCGUGAGACCCACGUGGGAAGUGACCUGGUUUUUUAUCCUACAUGGAAUCUGCGUGGCUAUAGAGGUGGCUUUAAAGAAGGUGGUGAAGGACAGGUGGCAGUUGCACCGAGCUAUUUCUGGGCCAUUGGCAGUCAUUUUUGCGAGUAUCACAGCCUUUUGGUUAUUUUUUCCUCAGCUUACUAGAAAUAAAGUGGAUGAGCAGGUGAUAUGGGAGUGCUCCAUUUUGUUAAAUUUCAUAAAGCAGAAAGUAAGCUCUUGUUUUAUUUCAUAAUUCAAAUUUUAGAUAGAUUGAUUGGUUUUGGUCAAAUUUGUUAUUUGAAAGCUCUAAAUAAAAAAUAGAUUUGGAUUUGAUUGAUUAA